AUGUCCAAAUCGGCGACCAAGCUCAUGCUCUUGUGCAAGGAGGCCAUCGACAGGGUAAAAGACUACCAGUCUUUCGCGUCAGAUUCGGCUUCGCUGAGUGUCCAGCUCAACGCCCACCGGGUCCGGCUCGAGCGCUGGGGCCGCAGCGUCGGGCUUGACAACGGACAGCUCUCGGCCGAGCACGACCCGCUCCUCGACGACGACCAGACAAGAUCGAUGGUGGGAAGCCUCCUUACAAUCAUAAACAGCACUCUUGGGUCGGAUGGGCGUCAGUACCAGGCCAGGGGAGUACCUACCAACCUAGAUGCCACCCUGGGCAAUAUCAACCAACUCCGCACCCUCGACGGUGUCGGAUCAAGGAGACGCAAGCUCACUUGGGCCCUGGGAGGGAAGGGCGAUCGCACAAUGCAGAUCACGCAGCUGGGAAAACUUGUGCAGCACUUGCAUGACCUGGUACCUCCAGGCCGGGUGGCGACCACGCCACCGACAACGGACUUGGGGAGCCUCGACGCCUUUCGAGGUGCCGGGCCGCUUGGCACGACACCGAGACCAGGGACGCAAUCGGAGCAUGUGUGGCUGGCCGAGAUCCGCCAGACGAUGGCCGAGUAUCGCCAGGCCCUGGCCGAGGUGCAAGCCGAGACGCGACGGGAGGUUCACGCUUGGCUGCUUGGCAGGCCUUCUCCGAAUGAGCGGUACGACGAAUCACGCAACAAGAGAUUGCCCGGCACCUGCGACUGGAUCCUCUCGCGGCCGAUAUUCGCCCGGUGGAGUGCCGCGGGCGCUGACCUACCCCCGGGCUCGCCUGAGCUGCUGUGGAUCUACGGACCACCCGGGUUCGGCAAGACUAUCCUAUGCACGCGCAUCGUCGAGCACCUCUUGGCCGUCCCCGGCAAUACCGUCGCCCACUUUUUCUUCUCGUCCGAUCACGAGAGCCGCCGUGACCCCUGCGCGGCUAUACGAUCCUGGGUCUCCCAGCUCGCGUCGCACCCCGAGGCGUACGCGCUGGUCCGCCAGAGAUGGGAGACCACGCUGGACCAUGUUGCCACGCGCGCGACUGUUGUCCAGCUCCUCCACGAGGUUCUGCAGGCUAGACCGGGCUGCUAUCUCGUCGUCGAUGGUCUUGACGAAUGCACGGCACCAGCUGACGACAGCUCAUCGGUCGCGAGGUUCCUCAAGGAUGUCAAGGGCGCCAUCACGUCGACAACCCGAGUCGUCGUCGUUAGCCGCGAGGAGACCGAAAUUCGACAAUCGCUGCGAGCCGGCGACUUUGCCCGCGUCGUCGAAUACCAGAUAUCACCCGAAGACGUCAGCGCCGACGCUGCCACCUGCGCGCGGGAUAUCGCCGAUAGGAAGUUGCCGAGCAAGGAUGAAGACGUCAGGGCCAGCCUCUCGAGAACCAUGGCCGACCGAUGCGAGGGACAAUUCCUCUGGCUGAAAAUGCAAGAGCCAUCCCUGAAGACAUGGAAGAACCUCGGGCAGCUUCAAAAAGUCCUUGACAGCACCCCGAAAGGGCUUGACCGUGUCUACCAACGAAACUGGGAGAAGAUCACGAGGAGUGACCAGGGAGACCGUGCGGUCGCUUUACUGCGAUGGUCGGCCUUUGCCCUGCGACCGUUGACGAUCAGCGAAAUGACGGAAGCUGUGCUGAUCGACGAGGACCACGAAGAUCUCCCGGCUGACGAGCUCCCCGACGCCGUUGACGACGACUACAUCCGAAGCGAAAUUCUCGAGGUCUGCGGCCCACUUCUCGAAUCUCGCCAGACCUGGCAGUAUGGCGCCAGUACGGAGGGAUCACCGUUCCAGGCCAUUCUCCGAGACUACUCCGCAGCAUCGUGGCACGCACAUGCGAAAUCCGGUGUGUCGCUUGAUGGCGAUCUGGGCACUCUGGAACGCGUUCGCAUAUUCAUGAAUGAAGCUCACCCGUGCUGGAAACCCUGGAGGAUGUGGUUUGACAAGCACGAUGACGACGAAAGGAAGCAAGCAGAGGAUGGGGAUAUCCCACCAGGGCCCUCUUACUAUGCCCUUAAACUGGACCUGAGUGCCGUGGCUAUUAGUCACAUAAAGGAAUUCGGCCCCGGACCGCUUACCGCCUCCGGUCGCAGGUCUGUGCUCGAUCUGUGUUGUCUUCAAGGGAAUAUCCAAGCUGCAGAGGCGAUCCUUGACGCCGGCGUUGAUGUCGAGACGCGAGGGAUCAUGGGUAGGACACCGCUCUAUACUGCAUCGCACAGUGGCUGGGCAGAGCUGGCUGGGCUCUUGCUGGACCGCGGGGCUGAAAUGGGCGCAGCGGACCAAGAUAGAGUAACCCCAAUACUUGCUGCUGCCGCCAACGGUCACCUCGAGGUGGUCAAGUUCCUGGUGGAUAGGGGCGCCGAUAUCACGGUAGCUGAUGACACUGGACUAACCCCAGUGCUGGCUGCUGCCGCCAACGGUCACCUCGAGGUGGUCAAGUUCCUGGUGGAUAGGGGCGCCGAUAUCACGGUAGCUAAUGACACUGAACUAACCCCAGUGCUGGCUGCUGCCGCCAAGGGUCACCUCGAGGUGGUCAAGUUCCUGGUGGAUAGGGGCGCCGAUAUCACGGUGGCUAACAGCAAUGGAUGGACGCCAGUUAAUUCUGCCGCCGAAAAGGGCCACCUCGAGGUAGUUAAGUUUUUAGUAGACAAGGGCGCCGAUAUCACGGUGGCUGACAACGCUGGAUGGACGCCACUCAACUCUGCUGCCUCCAACGGCCACCUCGAGGUGGUCAAGUUCCUGGUGGAUAGGGGCGCCGAUAUCACGGUGGCUAAUAACGCUGGAUGGACGCCACUCAACUCUGCUGCCGCCAACGGUCACCUCGAGGUGGUCAAGUUCCUGGUGGAUAGGGGCGCCGAUAUCACGGUAGCUAAUAACGCUGGAUGGACACCAGUGCUUGCUGCUGCCGCCGACAGUCACCUCGAGGUGGUCAAGUUCCUGGUGGAUAGGGGCGCCGAUAUCACAGUAGCUAAUAACGCUGGAAGGACACCAGUGCUUGCUGCUGCCGCCAAUAGUCACCUCGAGGUGGUUAAAUUCCUGGUAGACAAGGGCGCCGAUAUCACGGUGGCCGAUAGCAUUGGAUGGACGCCAAUGCUUGCUGCUGCCUACGGCGGCUAUCUCGAAAUUGUUCGGAAACUCGAAGCAGUGCCCGGCAGCGAUGUAACCCGGACCGAUCAUCUUGGUCGUUCGGCGCUGUUCUUUUCGGCCAGGCGCGGACAUGUUCAUGUCGUCGAAUACCUUCUUUCCAACGACCGCAUGGACCCAUCCAGCGUAGACUGCGCUGGCUUGGUGUGA